GCUUUUACAUUUUUGGAGAAAAGGCUACGGCUUGGUGCCCAAGAUGUCAUUGGUAGCUAUAGGUGCAUGUUAUGUGGAUACAAUCCUCACAACCCCUUACUAUCCCGGAGAAGAUGAAAAGCUACGUGCUUCCAGUAUCUCUCGUCGACGAGGAGGAAAUUGUCCGAACACGCUCGAGGUCCUCCAGCAAUUGAUAGCACACAACCUGUCCGCUGAAAAUAUCUCCUUGGAUCUCAUUGCUGUUCUGCCCGCGAAGCUAUCUAUUGCCUCUCAGCAGAUCCAGUCAGCAUUCGAACCGCAUGUUCGACUAGCUCAUUGCAUCUAUCGAGAGAAUGUCACAGAACCGGCCUCUAGUUACAUCAUCAAAAGCCAGUCUUCUGGGAGCAGGACCAUUGUCAAUUACAAUGCUCUGCCUGAGAUGACGGAGAAGGAGUUUAUAAAUAUCGCAGAUCGUCUAGGCCCCAGGGCCUCCUGGUUCCACUUUGAGGGCCGAACACCUGGCGUGACUUUAUCAUGCAUACUCUACCUCCGUCAGAAAUACCAGUCCGUGAAAAUCAGUGUUGAAGUGGAGAAGCCCGGAAGACCAGGUUUACAGGAACUUGCAGAAGAAGCUGACGUUGUAUUCUACUCGAAGAGCUGGGCUGAAGGAAAUGGAUACCAUACACCCGAAGAAUGCAUCCUGCAACAAUCGGCGGUAGCACGGAAAGCGUCACUGCUCUGCUGUACCUGGGGCCAGGAUGGCGCUGUAGCUCGUGACACCAAGUCUCAAGUAACGAUUUAUAGUCCGGCAUAUUCAGCAGAAGGCUUUCAAGUCGUCGACACCAUCGGUGCAGGUGACACAUUCAUAGCUGGUAUACUGUAUGCAUUGCUCUGUCGAGGUGAUGAAUGGAACCUUUCACAGAAGCUAGGCUUUGCGAACCGGCUUGCAGGAAUGAAAGUUUCGCAAGAGGGAUUUGCAGGCCUUGCGAGAGCCUUGGAAUCUUUCCAGUCGGAGUAAACUAGAAACAUUUUUGGGUUAUUAAGUUUACGAGAUAGAGUCAUGGGUAAAAAUCGAUGGAAGCGCAAUAAAUAGAUUGUUUCUCGGAGGGUUCUAAAUCGAGAUCUUGCACUAUAUUA